CGCUUUGGCUGCGCGAGGGUUCGCAGGGCGGAGCAAUAGGGGUUUGGGUUCAGAAUGUGUGCGGGAGUUUGCUCCUGCCUGGUCAGAACAGAAAAUGAGACAACAAAACAGCCGAUGGGCAAGCGUGUGCUGUAAAUAAUACAACAUCAUGGCCUUGAUACAAACGGACUCCAGUGGGAAAGGAAAUGGACUAGCUAAUGCUCUACAAAGUGGCGUCAGAAAAGUCUGUCCAAGUUCUAAAAUUGCGAACAUGCAACCAAAGGACACAGAGUUCAGCACACAAGGUCUCCCAAAAGCUUUCCUUCACAGUUUACGGACUUUAUUCGAUAUUCUUGACGACGGAAGAAGGGGUUACGUUCAUAUCUCCGAGAUUGAGAGUCGAUGGCGCGGCGCGGAGGCUCGCGAUUUACCCGCUGGGGUUCUGGAGAGUCUGAGGCGCGUUGCGCCGCGUCACGGCUGCCUGAGCUUCGAGCGGUUCGUAGCGGGGCUCAGAAACGCGAUGUUCAAUCCCGAAAACGGCAGCAGAUCGAUCGCUUCAGACCACCAACACCAGCUGAAACCCCAGCAGAGAGCCGUGCGUCCGCUCGGACCGAGUAACGCAACAAACACACUCCACAGCCGCCAGAACGGACCGCAGGACAGCUCUGUAUAUUCUACGCUCUAUCCGGGGCUCUCGGUCACAUCUCGGGGCUGCGGAGGACUCGAGAGAACCGACUGUUCAUAUCGAUGCGAUCCGAUACAACCGAGACCUACUGAUGAUCGGCGUCAUCCGGAGCGGAGGACAGAGAGUGGGGGUUUGCCUCGGUCAAAGAGUGAAACUAUGACCGGAUUCACACGAUCUCGACGCCACGCGAGGAGCCGCGACGAGAGACGCCACACCAUCACUAACGGAGUGGAUUAUGGGAUGCUGAAGCAGAUGAAGGAGCUGGAGCAGGAGAAAGACUCUCUGCUGGCCGGACUGGAUGUGUUGGAGCGAGCCAGAGAAUGGUAUCAGACGCAGAUCCACAACAUCACUGAGACGCAGAGACACAUCGGCCAGAGCCGCCACUCCACCGAGUUUUUGGCUGAAUCUGGUCAGAGUCAUUUGGAUGUUGUUCUGCCUAAACUACAGGACGUCACACGCUGCCUCCGCGAUUUACUCUCAUUCUCUGGGGAGACCCUCUCACCCACCGGCUCCUCAAGCACUCCUCCUGCUCCUCCUGCUCCUGCGCCUCCUCAGGCCAUCCACAUACUGAAGGAGCAGAACCGGCUCCUCACACAGGAGGUAACAGAGAAAAGUGAGCGCAUCACUCAGCUGGAGCAGGAGAAAUCGGCUCUGAUCAAGCAGCUGUUUGAAGCUCGAGCUCGCAGCGCUCAUGAUAGCAGCGCUCUCGACUCCACCUUCAUCUGACCGCAUCAGACAUCACCAAUCACACACCACACUCAAUCAUCUGAGACCGAGAGGACCAGAGCCAAUCUACGGCAUCAAAACAUGACUCACGAGGAGCUCACAUGUACAUGAGAUGAGCAGAAGAAUAAACUGGAUCCCAGUGUGGAACAGAUAAACACGUCUGAACAGAGGCCUUCUCUUGUAUAGUCGAGAUGAACAGAACCUUUAUCUGAACAGUUGGUUAGUGAGGGCAGGUACUUAUAUAGACUUUUCCUUUUGGUUUGGUUUCAUUUGGUUUAUUUAAGCUGCGAUGCUUUAACAAGUGUGCUGUUUUCUCUGAAAGAGUAGUGUUUUUAAAUUCCUCUCCAUUACAGGUGACACGUAAGGUAAAAAGUCUUCUUGAAGACGUGAUGUAGCACAAGCAGUGAUGGAUAAUCUGUAUUGUGAUUGAAAAAGACUAAAUGCAAAAUGAUUAAAUGUAAAUGUAGUCCAUCACUUGUUGAUUGGAUGGAGGUGGAUCUGAAUGUGAACUU